AUGACUAAGGCUAGGGUUAGCCCUUGUUCUUGGAUGUUUGCAAUUGUUAUUCUCUGCAUGACCCUUUUUGGUCAGUCUUAUGCACAAUUGAAAGUUGGGUUCUACUUUAACAAAUGUGGGACGAACAAUGUGGAGCAAGUUAUAUUUGACAUAGUCACUGCAGCAUUUCAAAACGAUAGAACAAUCGUAGCUGCUCUUCUUCGUAUGCAUUUUCAUGAUUGCUUCGUUAGGGGAUGCGACGCAUCGCUUUUGUUGGACGGAAGCACGUCUGAGAAAAAUGCAGGUGCUAACGCUAGUGUUCGAGGUUUUGAACUCAUUGAUGCUUGCAAGGCAAGGUUAGAGCAACUUUGUCCUGGAACAGUUUCUUGUGCAGAUAUCAUUGCAAUUGCUACUAGAGUUGCUGUUUUCCAGGCAGGAGGAAGGUGGUACAAUGUUGAAACUGGAAGAAGGGAUGGAACUAUUUCAAAUGUAAUUGAAGCUCAAAAUAAUCUUCCGGGGCCAACAGUGCCAGUUGCUAACGCCAUUACAUUAUUCAAUUCCAAAGGCUUGAAUGUCACCGACUUUGUGCUUCUCCUAGGUGGUGGUCACACUGUUGGAGUUAUUCAUUGUAACUUCUUUCUAGACCGUCUUUACAAUUUCCAAAACACCGGAAGACCAGACCCAUCCAUGAACACAACUACUCUUACAUUCUUACAAUCGCAAUGCCCUCCACAAGGUUCAAGUAACUUUGUAUUCGCCGAUCAAACUCGAGGAAGUGAAUUUAGGGUGGACAAAGCUUUCUACGAUGCGAUUCGACAACGUAAAGGUGUGCUUCAACUUGAUCAAAGGAUUGCACAAGACACACUAACUGCAAGCACGGUUAAUAGAUUAUCCUUAACUGGGGACUUUACCUUCCAAUUUCAUGCUGCUAUGAUCAAGCUUGGUAGGGUUGGAGUCCUUACGGGCUCACAAGGCCAAAUUAGGAGAAAUUGUCACCGUGUUAACUGAUUACACCCAGUC